UAAUUCGUCAUAUUUUACUAAAUUAAGUAUGUGUUAACGUCAAUUUCAAUUUGGCUAGCUUUUUCUACAUGAAAAUGAAUGAAGUAGACUAAAAUAAUUAACAAUAAGCAAUUUGUCAAUAGUUAUUCAGAAUAUAACACAAGUAAAAAAACGACGAAUCAAAAUGAAGCAUUGGCAAUUAAUACAUUUUUUGAUAAUAAUUACCUGUUUGAUAUUUAAUGAAGGGAUUGUAAAAAAAUAUUCGGAUGACAAAAAAAUUUGUCCAUUUAAAAAAGGCACGACGAGUAACGCUGCUUCAAUUGGUGACAUAGAAACAUUAAAAUUAGCUUACGAGAGUGGAUGUCAAUGGGAUAAAAAUACAACAGAGAAAGCUGCUGCAAAUGGGCAUUUAAAAUGUUUAAAAUACGUCUAUGAAAAUGGAGGUAAAUGGGAUAAAAAAACUACAAAGGCUGCUGCUGCUAAUGGACACUUAAAAUGUUUAAAAUAUGCUCAUGAAAAUGGCUGUAAAUGGGAUAAAAAAACCACAAAGGCUGCUGCUGCUAAUGGACAUUUAAAAUGUUUACAAUACGCACAUGAAAACGGAUGCAAAUGGGACAAUGGUACGACUAAAAAUGCUGCAGAAGGCGGACAUUUAGACUGUUUAAUAUAUGCUCAUGAAAAAGGAUGCAAAUGGGAUGAAGAAACGACUGAAGUUUCUGCAAAAGGCGGUCAUUUAAAUUGCUUAAUAUAUGCUUAUAAAAACGGAUGUCCGUGGAAUGUAUCGACAGCAAAAGCAGCAGCAAAUUAUGGUAAUUUAAAAAACUUAAAAUACGUUCAUGAAAACGGAUGUAGAUGGAAUUCAAAGACUACAAUGGCUGCUGCUUUAAAUGGGCAUUUGAAUUGCUUAAAAUAUGCUCAUGAAAAUGGUUGCGCGUGGGAUUAUCUAACGACUAGAGCUGCUGCGGAAGGCGGUCAUUUAGACUGCUUAUUAUAUGCUCAUGAAAAUGGAUGCCCAUGGAAUGUAUGGACAGCAGAAGCAGCUGCAAAGUAUGGUAAUUUAGAAAACUUAAAGUACGUUCAUGAAAACGGAUGUGAAUGGGAUCGGAAAACCACAAAGGCCGCUGCCGAAUAUGGGCAUUUGGAAUGCUUAAAAUAUGCUCAUAAACAUGGCUGUAAAUGGGACAAAACUACAACAGCUGCUGCGGCUCAAAAAGGCAAUUUGGAAUGUUUAAAAUACGCUUACGAAAACAAGUGUCCCUGGGAUAAAGAAACUACUAUCGCUGCUACUUUAGGAGGUAAUUUAGAUUGUUUAAAGUAUGCACGUGAAAAUGGAUGUGAAUGGCAUAAUGAAGUAACGCAAGUAGCUGCUUCUAAAGGUUAUUUAAAUAUUUUAAAAUAUGCUCAUGAAAAUGAAUACGAUUGGGCUGAAGGUACAAUGGUUUCAGCUGCCAAGAAUGGUAAUUUAGAAUGCUUAAUAUAUGCUCACCGAAAGGGAUGCCCGUGGGAUGAAAAGACAACUAGUGCUGCUGCUUUUAAUGGUAAUCUAGAAAUAUUAAAAUACAUUCAUGAAAACAAUUGCGAAUGGGAUGUAGAAACAUUAUUAAUAGCAGCUACCAAUGGAAAUUUAAAUUGCUUAAAAUAUGCUUAUGAACAUGGAUGCCACUAUUGGGUCGAAGGUACGACGAGAGGGGCUGCUUCAAAUGGACAUUUAGACUGUCUGAAAUAUGCCUAUAAAAACGGAUGCGAAUGGGAUGAAGGAACGACUGAAGAGGCUGCAAGUGGCGGCCAUUUGGAGUGCUUAAUUUACGCUCAUGAAAACAAAUGCAAAUGGGACAAGGGUACACUUGGUGUUGCUGCAGUAAAUGGACAUUUGGACUGCUUAAAAUAUGCUCAUGAAAAUGGAUGCCCGUGGGAUUACGAAACUACUAGACAAGCUUUAGUUUUUGGGAAUUUAGACUGCUUAAAAUAUGCUCAUGAAAAUGGAUGCCCGUGGGUUUACGAAACGACUAGACAUGCUGUAGUUUUUGGGAAUUUAGAUUGCUUAAAAUAUAUUCACGAAAACGGAUGCGAAUGGGUUUAUCAAACGACUAAAAUUGCUGCGCAAGGCGGUUAUUUAGACUGCUUAAUAUACGCUCAUGAAAACGGAUGUCCAUGGGAUGUAGACACGACAACAGUUGCGGCAAGGUAUGGUCAUUUUGAAUGCUUAAAAUAUGCUCAUGAAAACGGAUCUAAAUGGGACGAAGCAAUAACAGAAUUAGCCGUUUCUAAAGGUGAUUUAAAAAUGUUAAAAUAUUGCUAUGAAAAUGGACGUCCAAUGAAUGCAGACAUAUAUAGGAUUGCUGUUUUUAUUGGUAAUGUACAAAUAUUAAAAUAUGCUCACGAAAACGGUUAUAAAUGGGAUAAAAAAACAACAAGGAUAUUUGCUGCACACGGACAUUUACAAUGUUUAAAAUACGCUCAUGAAAAAGGUUACAAAUGGGACGAAGGAACAAUAGUUGCGGCAGCCGCGCAUGGUAAACUACAUUGCCUAAAAUUUGCCCGUCAAAAUGGAUACGAUUGGGUCGAAGGUACGACGAGAGGGGCUGCUUCGAAUGGACAUUUAGACUGUCUAAAAUAUGCCCAUUACAAUGGUUGUGGUUGGGAUGAAGGGACAACAAGGGAAGCCGCCGCGAGCAGUUCCAUUGACUGUUUAAAAUUUGCUCAUGAAAACGAUUGUGAAUGGGAUGAAGGUACAAUAGUUACAGCUGCUGCACGAGGUAAUUUAGAUUGCUUAAAAUAUGCUCACGAAAACGGGUGCGAGUGGGAUGAAGGUACAACAAGACUGGCCGCUGCAAAUGGUCAAUUUCUUUGUUUGAAAUAUGCACACGAAAAUAAUUGUCCAUGGAGUAGAUAUACCGCUAAUGAAGCUUUAUUUAACGGUCAUGUUGAUAUCUUUCAUUAUGUUGUCAUAAACGGUUGUCGCGAUUAGUUUUUAAUUGUAAUUAUUAUUUUUUUCUUCUACUCAUUUGUUUUGGUUAUUUACAUUAUAUUUUAAAUAAAUUAACUUAUUAAAAUUGUAUAAUUUUAUUGAUAGCAUUUCUGAAAUUUCAUUUGCUUACAAGUCAAAUAUGUCGUCUAAAAGAGAAUGCCCGAAGUUUUACACACACUAACAUAAUGUUUUCAACUGAUUUUUAUUGUAUGGGAUAUUUUCAUAAGAUUUGACAAUGGGCUUACGAAUCUUUAAUAAUUUAUAUUUAAUUAACAACACGUGCGUGUAAAUUCAACAGGUGUAUUAAAAAUAUCUUACUGACGUAUGGUUUUUGUUAGAUCAUUUUUUAGGGUGAUAUAAAUAUUUUUUCUAUGCAGUAUUUAAUCUCGUUACAUAUAAUAUGUUACUUUGAAUAAUAUAUGAAAAUAAAAGCUACUUCAAUGUUUUGUUAGUCGAUAAAUGUAAUGUUCACUUUUUAUGUUAUUGUACAUUUUUCAUUGUAAACUAAAAACUUUUUUUGUAAAUUUGAAAAUGAAUUAAUAAAAAUUUGUCAUCUCAACCAAACAUUACCUGAUUUUCAUCUUUAACUUGAUUUAGGUUACAAUAUGUCAGACGUUUUGGAACAUUUUAAAUAAUCUUCAAAAAUA